AUAGAGUCUUCCUCUGUUGCGCAGGCUGGAGUGCAGCGGCAUGAUCUCGGCUCACUGCAGCUGCCACCUCCCAGGUUCAAGCGAUUCUCGUGCCUCAGCAUUCCAAGUAGUCGGGAUUACAGGGUCUUACUCCAUUUGCCCAGGUUGGAGUGCACUGCUGCAAUCAGCCUCUCGAGUAGCUGGGAUCACAGGCAUGUGCCACCACGCCCAGCUAAUUUUUACCUUUGUUGAGGAGAGGUGUUUCACCAUGUUGGCCAGGCUGGUCUCGAACUCCUGGGCUCAGGUGAUCCACCCAUCUUGGUCUCCCAAAGUGCUGUGAUUACAGACGUUAGCCACUGCACCUGACUGAAAGAUAAUUUUUAAAGGAAGACAUGAUUGAUAGACCAAGUCAGCCAUUUGAAGGUCAGAACAUUUGAGGGUCUUGCUGCCACCCAGGCUUGUAUAGUGGUGCGAUCCUAGCUCCUGCAACCUUGAACUUCUGGGCUCAAACAGUCCUCCACCUCAGCCUCCCAAGUAGCUGGGACUACAUGGCACAUGCCACCACACCUGGCUAAUUUUUUUUUUUACAUUUGUAGAGGGAGGCCUUGCCAUGUAGCCCAGGUUGGUUUCAAACUCCUGGGCUCAAGGGAUCCUCUCACCUCAGCCUCUUAAGAGUGUUGGUAUUACAGGUGUGAACCACCAUGCCUGGCCCAAAAGUUUUUUUUUUUUUUAAGUUAUUUUCUGUAAUGCAUUUUCUGUGAAUUUAUUGUCUUAAAAAUUGGCAAAUAUGGCCAUUUUGACAUAUUUGCCAAAUAUGAGCAUAUGGCAGCUAUGCUCUUAAUUUGUUAAGUUACCAACUGUUGGUGGUAACUGUUGAAAUAACAAAUUGAGAGCAAAGUUAUCACCAAUCUACGGGAUCCUUAUACUACUGAUAUUUUCAAUAAUGCAGCGUAGUCAGACAUUGUAGACCUAACCUCUGAGCUGCUCACGAAAUUACUAAAUCAUUCUGAAAUACAUAACUGCAAAUUCUGGGCUUUAAAGUCUCUAGUUAUAAUUAAAUGGGUGAUUUUGAAAAUUGGUGGCUGUUCAGACAUUUUCAAAUGAGAAUAGAACGCAUUUGUUUCAGACUGAUAAACUGCAGAAGGUUAGAUAACACCAAAUACAUUUGAGUUUCUCCUAAGAAAAUGACUUGGGCCUCCAGAUUACAUCUCAUUUUGUUUUUUUUUACCCUAUCAAGUUUGUUUUUCCAUAUGAAAUGUCUUUCCCAACUACACCUGCCCUUGGAGACUGUGAAUAACAGACUUGAAGUAUCCUUUCCAGAUGAGCUGAAGAAUGUCAUCCUCUUAAAAGAAUGAACAGCUGGUCAUGUAGAAAUUCUCUGGAAUGCUCACUUGUCCUACAAAGGCAGGGGAGCAGAAAACAUGUAGUUUUUUUGUUAUUGGUAUACAUAAUUGUAAAUCUUUGAGAUAAUUUUACUAGAAGUCCACAUAAUUUUAAUAAUCGCUUUUCUCCUGAAAAGAUUGCUAAUAAAUUAACAAUGUGAAGGCUAGAAAGCUGGCCAAGCAUAAUUUGGUGGGACUCAGGAUUGCUGGCUGGAUUGUCCCGUUUGAUCAGACAUUGUUUCUUAGACGAAUAUUCAGGACGCCCUCGUGUAUAAAAGUUGUCCUUUGUUCUGAUUACCUUGGUAUUAAGUUCGAAUUUCUUACCAUGACACACAAAGGAUUCGAUUCUUGCUUAGCUCUCUAAGCUCCUCUCAUUUUCUCUUCCCCUCUUGAAUUCUUUGCUCUUGCCACACAACUAGCUGAUGAACUAAUCUAUCUGUUCCAACGUGGGCACAGUAGCAGCCCUAACUCUUACCUUGGCCCACUCUGACUUGUCCAGCCCUGGUUUAAUUCUUCGUAUCCUCGUGAGGGUCCGCACGUAGUUGGGGCUGUUCACUAAACGGACGAACUUCCCUACCGGGAGGCUAGGUCUCGGUUAUGCCUUACUUCCCAGGAAGCGGCUUCUAUAGGCAUUGUUUAAAUGUAGGAAUAGGAGGGAGCUGGGGGUAUUGCAUUCCCCAGGUCACAGAUAAAUGAGAUUCCAAAACCAAGAUCUGCGAGGCCGACCAGACGUUUGGAACUGCGCCUUGCAGUGUGGGAUCUCAGCACCGGAUAUUACCCCGGUUUGUAGAGAGUUGAGUUAUUGUUUUAAGAGAGGUUGCACACCGUACGGACGGGUCAAGAAGCCGAAGACGGGUUAGCGCCUGCGGUCGGGGUCGAGAAAAAGCAGGCAGGAUGCGACCUGACGUGGGUCCGCCUCUCUCCACCCGUGGCAAGCCCGACAGUCGAACUAUUGCUUUAACAAUCGCCCUCUUUCCAAGAAGAGCUACUUAGUGACCGUGAGCGAAUAUGCGUGGGAAGACACGAUGUCCUCUCGGCCUCUGUGCGCUCAGUUGUUUACCUAGGCGUCCGGGGGAGGCACACUCGCGGGACUCGACCCCGGCCUCCCAGCUCGCCCAGGACACGACGCUGGUUCUGCGGGCUCUCGGAGCCCAGCGCGAAUCCCCAGGGCUAAUUCCCAAGAACCGAGAGGCAGCACUGCCUGGAGGCUGCCCCCGCCUCCGCGCCCCCGUCCUCACUUUCUGAGGCUGUUAGCAGAGAGCCCCACGGGCCGGGGAGAAGCGGGACGCGGGGGAUGGCCUCGCAGCGCCCCGUGAGCGUCGGCAGUAGUCGUCAGGCAGCCAGGGCUCCUUGGGCGAUCGCCCUGGGUAGAGGAAAGGAGUUUCCGGGGCUCGGGUCCGGGUCGCCUUCCAGGGGAACAAGCGCGGAAGCAAGUGGGCGUCGAGAGGCGGAGCGAGAGACGCGGUGGGGCGUGGACGCAGCCGGCUUUGGAAAGGCCCCAGGUUAAUGAGGCGUGCGCCGGCUGCCGAGCGCCUCUCGGAGCUGGGCUUUCCCUCGCGGUGCGGGCGCCAGGAGCCGCCUUUUCCGCUGGGUGUCACUCGGGGGUGGGGAAGAUGGCCCAUUCAAAAGCGCCGCGAGGGGGCCCGGCCAGUGCCCUUCAGUGAGCGCUCGCAAGAGGACGGCAGAGGCCCGGCAGCUCGGAGCUCCAGGACCUUGUGGCGCAUCAGAACGCGGCUGUCCCUCUGCCGGGACCCAGAGCCGCCGCCGCCGCUCUGCCUCCUGCGUGUUAGCCUCCUCUGCGCGCUCCGGGCAGGCGGCCGUGGGAGCCGCUGGGGCGAGGACGGCGCGCGGCUGCUGCUGCUGCCCCCGGCCCGCGCGGCUGGAAACGGAGAGGCCGAGCCAAGCGGCGGCCCCUCUUAUGCUGGGAGGAUGCUGGAGAGCAGCGGCUGCAAAGCGCUGAAGGAGGGCGUGCUGGAGAAGCGCAGCGACGGGUUGUUGCAGCUCUGGAAGAAAAAGUGUUGCAUCCUCACCGAGGAAGGGCUGCUGCUCAUCCCGCCCAAGCAGCUGCAACACCAGCAGCAGCAACAGCAGCAGCAGCAACAACAGCCCGGGCAGGGGCCGGCCGAGCCGUCCCAACCCAGUGGCCCCGCUGUCGCCAGCCUCGAACCGCCGGUCAAGCUCAAGGAACUGCACUUCUCCAACAUGAAGACCGUGGACUGUGUGGAGCGCAAGGGCAAGUACAUGUACUUCACUGUGGUGAUGGCAGAGGGCAAGGAGAUCGACUUUCGGUGCCCGCAAGACCAGGGCUGGAACGCCGAGAUCACGCUGCAGAUGGUGCAGUACAAGAAUCGUCAGGCUAUCCUGGCGGUCAAAUCCACGCGGCAGAAGCAGCAGCACCUAGUCCAGCAGCAGCCCCCCUCGCAGCCGCAGCCGCAGCCGCAGCUCCAGCCUCAGCCUCAGCCUCAGCCGCAACCCCAGCCCCAAUCACAACCCCAGCCUCAGCCCCAACCCAAGCCUCAGCCCCAGCAGCUCCACCCGUAUCCGCAUCCACAUCCACACUCUCAUCCUCACUCGCACCCACACCCUCACCCGCACCCGCAUCCGCACCAAAUACCGCACCCACACCCACAGCCGCACUCGCAGCCGCACGGACACCGGCUUCUCCGAAGCACCUCCAACUCUGCCUGAAGGGGGCAGCUCCUGGGCAAGAC